CCGCGCUCUCCUCCUCCAUCUCCACCCACACCAACCAAGCCAUGGCCCGCACCAAGCAGACCGCCCGCAAGUCCACCGGCGGCAAGGCCCCGCGCAAGCAGCUGGCCACCAAGGCCGCCCGCAAGUCCGCCCCCGCCACCGGCGGCGUGAAGAAGCCGCACCGCUUCCGCCCGGGCACCGUCGCGCUGCGCGAGAUCCGCAAGUACCAGAAGAGCACGGAGCUGCUCAUCCGCAAGCUCCCCUUCCAGCGCCUCGUGCGCGAGAUCGCGCAGGACUUCAAGACCGACCUCCGCUUCCAGUCCUCCGCCGUCUCCGCGCUGCAAGAGGCCGCCGAGGCAUACCUCGUGGGGCUCUUCGAGGACACCAACCUCUGCGCCAUCCACGCCAAGCGCGUCACCAUCAUGCCCAAGGACAUCCAGCUCGCGCGCCGCAUCAGGGGCGAGAGGGCCUAGGCGAGUGAAGGAGAUGUGCUGCUACUGCUUUUCACCGGCCUGUGGGAUGUAUCGGUCUGUGUUAGGUUCUUAGUUUAGCUGGUGUUGAGUAAUGGAGAUGGGCUAGUGUUGUAGGGAAUUCAAUGUUUCUUGCUUGCCAUGGUGGACGUGUAAUGGCGUGGUCUGAUGUUACCAUCUUGUUGUCAUCAGAAAUCGAAAAUUGUCUAUCUCAUCUUAAA